CAGUCGUCACAAUGCAACUUUUCUCCCCUUUUAUUCCCCCUUUCAGGCUUCUCCUUUAAUUUCACUGCACCAAACUAUUUCUCUCCACCCCACAGUUGGAGUGAACAAAAAAUAUCAUCAGAGCCCUCCGUCCGUUUCCCUGCACAGAGUCUCGGCACUAGUGGGAGACGGCUGCCUCCAUCGUCUCUGCUACGCUCUCCGCCAUUGUUUGCAAACGCUAGCAACCUCCAACAAUUCCUUCUCUCCCUUCCUCUUCACACCUACAGGUAAAUUAACCAUCUUGAGCGUUUGCUCUUCUGCCUUCAAUUUCCCCCCCUUUUCAUGGUGCGGUUCAUGAAUCUCUAGGAGACUCCUGAAUCACAAUUCUCAAAUUUGACAGAAUCUGAAAUAGCUCCCCUUAAUCUCAUAGAAAGACCAUAGCCAAGUGAUGGAGUUGGAAUCGAACACGACGCCUCGUGGCGAAGGAGGACGAGGGAUGAGCAAAUCGACGAAGAAGGUCCUCCUGAUAGUGAACUGCAUUCUCCUCUCCCUCGGGAGCGCGUGCGGCCCGCUCGUCCUCCGCCUCUACUUCCUCAAAGGCGGCAAAGGCGUAUGGAUCUCCGCGGGUCUAGAAACCGCGGGCUGGCCGUUCGUCCUCGUGGCCCUCCUCGCCUCCUACCUCUACCGCCGCCGCACCAACGGGCCUGGGCCGGAGCCCACCAAGGUCUCCUUCAUAACCUGGCGCCUCUUCCUUGCGUCCGCCGUGCUGGGCCUCCUGACGGGCCUCGACGACUACCUCUACGCCUCGGGCGUGUCCUACCUGCCCGUGUCGACGUCGUCGCUAAUCAUCGCAUCCCAGCUGGCGUUCACGGCCGUGUUCGCGUUCCUGCUGGUGAAGCAAAAGUUCACGGCCUUCUCCGUCAACGCCGUGUUCCUGCUCUGCCUCGGGGCAGGGGUGUUGGCAAUCCACGCCAGCGGGGACAAGCCGGCCAAUGAGACAAAGGGUCAGUACUUUAUGGGGUUUUUCAUGACCGUGGGCGCCGCCGUGCUCUACGGGUUCGUCCUCCCCGCCAUCGAGCUCACCUACAGCAAGGCACGGCAGAACGUUACUUAUACUCUUGUGAUGGAGAUGCAGAUGGUCAUGUCCUUUUUCGCCACGCUCUUCAACGUCGUCGGCAUGAUCUUCCACCACGAGAUCCAGACAAUGCCGAAAGAAGCAAGCGAAUUCGAGUUGGGAAAAGUGGGAUAUUGCAUGGUGCUGAUAGCAACGGCGCUGGUGUGGCAAUGCUUCUUCGUGGGAGCUGUCGGGGUGGUGUCAUGUGGCUCUUCUCUGCUCUCCGGGGUGCUCAUUGCGACCUUCUUGCCGGUCACUGAGAUUUUGGCGGUCUUCAUCUAUCACGAGCCGUUUGGGGCCGAGAAAGCCAUUGCCCUCGUCCUCUCCAUUUGGGGUUUCAUCUCUUACUUCUAUGGCGAGUACAAACACACCAAAAAAUCAACGCAUACCACCUCGGAAUGACGAUCGAUCAUCUCUCUUUUUCUCUAGUUUCAAUUCAUCCAUAUAUGGCCAUUAGAGUAAUAGCUUAGCCAGCUAGUAGACAGCUUCUUCUGCCUCCUAAUCUUGCUCCCGGGAACUAAAGGCAAUUUUAUUAAUUUAGCCUUUAUUACCCAUAAUCUCGCCAUGAAGAUUUUGAGUUGUUGAUUUAGGAGUCUUGAAAAUUUUGAACCAUUUAUUCCUUUUUCUUUUUCUCGGUAAGGUAAUUAUCAAUUUGCAUUGGAACUUAUCACCAUGGCCAAAUAUAUCCAAGCAUUGAAUAAAUACAGGUCGUAUAGCCCACGAGUCACAACAAUAUAAAGCAAAUCCACAGGAACAAAAAAGAUAACUACAAAGAGUCUAAACUAAGUAAUGAAAUUAAAAUAAGGCAGACUGUGAUUCCCUACUGCAAUAGGAGAGGCUAAUUUAGGAUAUAAUAAUGUACAUACUAGACUUCACAACAUUAGCAACCAUAAUGCUCGAUAGGAGAGGCUAAUUUAGGAUAUAAUAAUGUACGUACUAGACUUAACAACAUUAGCAACCAUAAUGCUCGAUCUUAUACCAUUCUCUAACACGCUCCCUCAAACGAAAGUCAACCCAUUGCUUGAAAUUUGCACAGGCCCACAAUAUCAUGUGCUUUAAUCAACGGUUAAUAUCAGGGGUCGUGGAGAUUCGAACACACGACCACUUGACCAAAUCAGCUCUGAUACAAUGUCAUAAACCAGUUGUUCCCAAUAACUCGAGUUGUUGGGAGAAGGUUAUGCUGGAUCUUAUACCAUUCUCUAACACACUAUACUUGUAUCCGCAAAACAUAGCUUUCUACUUAGAGUGACACACGGCACAAAAGGAUAAAGAAGAGGAAUCGAGUAUCACCAGCUGAAGUUGUGUCUGAAACUAAGAGCGACUCUCUUCUUUUGUCACUCAGGGCUGUCUAGUAUUGUGACGACGGAGCAAUUCGAUGGAGACAGGGCCGGUCGGGAUGAGGUAUUCGUUCAUUUUUUUAUACAUAAUAAAUGUAGAGGAGGAAACAACAAAGGAUUUUAGUGGCGGCGUUGGAUACACACGUGAAGUCGCCUGUUUCGUUGGCGAAACUCGCGCGUUCAAUGCGCUCUGAUUUCAAGGAAACAAAAACCCAAAGUCAGCAAAAAAUCUUCAAAUAUCCGUCGCCGAAUGUCGGCGCCAUUGAUUUGAUCGAUUAAACAGAAACCAAGAUGACUGUCAAAUAUCCACCGCCGGUGUCGGCGAUGUUGAUUUGAUCAAUGCACCCUCGACUUCUAAUCAAACAACUGUUACUCGGUUCACACCUCUCCAAACUACGUUCGAACGAGGGUGUUCAACGAGAAACGAGAAACCAAACCGGGAGUGUUCUAAGAUACGUUACCUCUACUCCUAUGGAGGUUCCUCUGGAGAGCUCCGCAACUACGACUACAAGCUACGACUCUGCAAAGGAGUUCUUUGACAGAGCGGUUCUACAAAACUAGAGAGAAAAAAGAUAAAUCUGCGUAGGUGCAGUUUGUGAUUUGAUUUUGCCGUCUCGAACUUCUCUCUCUUCCCAAUCUUUAUACUUCGCGCUUCUCCUCGUCGUAGUAACCGCCUUCGCGCCUUUGUCUCCCACGUCUUCACUCCUGUCAACCGUGCAGGUAACUUCCUCCCUGUUGUGUAACUCCCACGAGUGCGAAACCGCUUGAGCACGUGGCAACUUGGUCCAAAACGACACUGAGCCAAAAUCCACAAUUGCUGAACUCUCGUCACGACGUUGUUUUUAAUUAAACAACAUUGUUUCA